CGGGAGCGGAGCUGCCCAGCCCCGCCGAGCGGCUCCCGGCGCCGGGAGGCCGAGCGCUCCCCGCCGCCGCCGCCGCCGCCGCCGCCGGGCCCCCGCCGAGGGGGCGGGCUGCGCCCGCGGGGUUUAAGUGCGGCCGCGGCUUGAUGCGCGGGCGGGACGGCGGCGGCGAGAGGGGGGGCGACCCCGGCGGGAUGAGGCGGGCGCGGUGCUGAGGCGGCCCCGGUGCGGGAGCGGGGACGCGCCAUGACCUCGGCGCGGGAGGCGGCCGGUUCCCCCCCGCUGCACCCCCCGGGCGGCGGCCGCCGGCGGAGCGCCCUGGACCAGCUCCCGCCGCCCGCCAACUCCAACAAGCCGCUGACCCCCUUCGGCAUCGAGGACAUCCUGGGGCGGCCCCGCGGCGGGAGCCCCCCCGGGCCCGGCCCCGCCGCACCCCCCGCCCGGCUCCCCGAGAAGGCGGCGGGGCCCCGCGGCGGCGGCUGCGCCCCGUCCUCGCCGCUCUGCGCGCUGGAGGAGCUCGCCAGCAAAACCUUCCAGGGGCUGGAGCUGGGCGUGCUGCAGGCGGCCGAAGGUCGGGAGCCGCUGGGCGCCUUGGGGCAGCGCCCGGCCUGCAAGAAGCGGCGCAAGUCCCGGACGGCGUUCACCAACCAGCAGAUCUACGAGCUGGAGCAGCGGUUCCUGCGGCAGAAGUACCUCUCCCCGGCGGACCGGGACCAGCUGGCGGCACGGCUGGCGCUCAGCACGGCCCAGGUCAUCACCUGGUUCCAGAACCGCCGCGCCAAGCUCAAGCGGGACCUGGAGGAGCUGCGGGCCGACGUGGCCUCGCUGCAGGCGCUGCCCCCCGCCGCCCUCCAGCAGCUGGCGGCCCUGCCCGACCCCCCGCGCCCCCCCGGGCCCGGCCCCGCACCGCCGCCGCCCGCCGCCGCCGCCGAGCUCUCGGAGGAGGAGAUCGACGUGGGGGACUGAGGCAGCGGUGAAGGCCGGGGGGGGGUCCCGGGCCGGCACCGAGACUGACCGAGCCCCCGGGCUGGACGGGGCGGCCGCGCUGCCCACGCCUCGGGGGGAAUUGGUGCAAUUUUUCGCUUUUUUUUGUUUUUGGUUCGUCUUUCCCUUUUUUUGUUUUCUUUUUAAUUUUAUUUUCUAUCGUGUCUGUCCCGCCGGCCCGUCCUCGGCCCCGCCGCCCCGAGAGACGGGGACACGGGGGGGCCCGGCCCACCCGGGUGUAAAUAUUUGGAAUA